AUGCCGUUGAAAGUUCUCAUCGCUGGUGCCGGCAUUGGCGGACCAGCGCUUGCCUUCUGGUUGUCCCGCAUCGGCUGUACCACCACUGUCAUCGAGCGAAGCCCCAAUUUGCGAGCAACAGGACAGCAGGUAGACUUUUUAGGACAAGGUCUGCCAGUUGCUAGGAUGAUGGGUAUCGAGAACGACCUGCGUGCUGUCGCCGUCAAGGAGCCUGGCAUGCGAUUUAUCGACUAUAAGGGACAAAGCAAGGCCUAUUUUCCUGCCAGCGACGGCAUCAGUGCCACGACCGACCUCGAAGUCAUGCGCGGCGAUGUAGUCAACAUCUUGUACAGGCUCACAAAGGAUUUGGACAGUGUGAAUUAUGUCUUUGGCAACCAUAUUAUCGGACUCUCGCAGGACGAAACCAAGGUACAUGUCACAUUCGCGAACGGUACCACGGAGAACUACGACAUGGUUGUAGGCGCCGACGGUAUCAACUCUCCAACGCGCAAGAUGAUGCUGGGCCCGUCAUUCCCUGAUCAUCGUUUCGAUCUGGGUGUACACAUGGCAUAUUUCACCGCGCCCGCACAGAAGGGUGAUCCAAGGGACUGGACGGUAUGCCACGUCCCGGGUGGCAAGGCCAUCAUGACUCGCAAGGACAAAGAGGAAAACAUUCGCGUAUACUUGGCCACUCGAGGCGGGUGCGAGUCUCUUGACGCAGCCAAGACUCUUGCAGAUCGUAAGGCAGCAUGGGCCCAAAAAUUCAAAGGCACAGUUGGAGCCCAGGCAGAUAGAUUCAUGAGGGAUCUACAGGAGUCUCCAGAGGCCGAUGACCUGUUCGACCAACAUCUCACUCAGAUCCGGCUACCAGAGGGCGCCUGGUCGAAAGGUCGCAUUGUGCUUCUUGGAGACGCAGCACACUGCCCGGCGCCCGUUGGCCGAGGCGGCGGGACCACAUCUGCCCUGAUAGGAGCUUACCUACUCACCGGAGAGCUGUUCAAACAACUCAAGGAAAAUGGACACAACCCAAAGGCCGUCGAUGUCGAAAGGGCCGCGAAGGAAUACGAGCGGAUACUUAGACCGUCUGUUUGGGAGAAGCAGAAUAUUGGCACCACAAGGAUCAGUGCCUUCUUCCCUCAGUCAAGCUUGGGAAUUAGUAUAAUUCACACCAUGGGAUGGUUGGUGGCUAAGUGGCCCUUCGGUAUGCCAUCCCGCGGGGAGGAGUCAUCAAAACUGCUGUAUCCAGACUACUUCGGACUUGAGUCGGCUAUUGAGAGAGAUCAAGCUCAUAAUGCCAUCCACUGA